AUGACAACAUCAGAGAACACAACAACAGUUAUAGUCCAUGAAGCUAUAAAUGAAGAAUAUGAGUGGGUUCAGUUUAACAAACAACUCCGUCUCAUUCGUUCGGUCAAAGACGAUAUGUACCAAAUGCAAAGUAUUUUGACAGCAUGUUAUGCUCCAGAUACUAAGCUUCCUAAAGACUGGUUUAGGAACCAAAACACACAAGAACUUUUGAGCGAAGCACAGCGAGACAUACUUUUUUCUGAAAACAGUGAAGAACAGCGAGUAGGUAAAAAACCCCAGUCGCCAAAACUCUAUGAAAAUCGUGAAAAAUUGCCAAACGGUUUGAGAGGAUAUUAUGUACAUAGACUUCUUGUAAAUGCUGUAGCAAUGUGGGCUUCGCCUCGUUAUGCUUGGUAUAUUUACAGACUUCUUGACGAAAUUCAUAGACAAGAACGUGAAGAGAUGGAAAACAAGCUUGAUGCAAAAGACAAAAGCAUACAGAAAAGAAUACCACGUUCGGUACCAAAAGGUAAGGAAAAGAACUAUAAGUAUAUGAUUUAUACUGAAGAGAUGGAAAAUGAAGAAGAUAAAGAUAUGGUUAUGUUGCAUUUAGUCAGAAGAAACAACAAGAGCUUUUAUGACCUCGCUAAAAUAUAUAAAUCUGACAGAAACUGGUUCUAUC